AUGAUCCCUCCAAAUGCUCGUGUGAUCGAUGUUUUUCCGCGUCCCGAUUUGAGCCGUCCACGAUGGGAUCAAAAUACUUACAAGGGAAGAGCUCUUCAUUUCUUCACAACGGUCAACCCGAUGAACAUCUUUGUGACGUCAUCAAAACUCGAGCAAUGUCGAGAGAUUGUUAAAAGUUACAGGAAAGGCCAAAUCGAUUCAUCGAUAACGGUCGAGGAAUUGUGGAAAGCGAAACAUCUCUACGAUUCGGCUUUUCACCCAGACACCGGCAACAAAAUGUUCUUACCGGGAAGGAUGAGCUUUCAGGUUUGGGGCAAUAUGGUGAUCACCGGUGGAAUGUUGACGUUUUAUCGCCGCUUUCAUCACGUUAUCUUUUGGCAAUGGAUUAAUCAAUCGUUUAACGCGGUGGUCAACUACACAAACCGGUCGGGUUCACAUGCGGCAUCGACGAAACACCUCUUUGUGUCCUACUGUUGCGCAACAGGAUCGGCUCUCUUCGCCGCUCUCUAUUUGAACUCUCUUGUCAAGGAUCAACAUAGUCUUCGUGGUCGACUCGUCCCGUUUGCUGCAAUUGCCAUCGCUAAUGUGGUCAACAUUCCAAUAAUGAGGAGCAAUGAAUUCUCCGAUGGUAUCCCUGUGGAGGAUCGUGAGGGAAAUGUGCUUGGUGAAUCGAAACGAGUCCCCCAAAUGGCCAUCCCACAAGUUGUAUUGUCGAGGAUCGGAAUGACGAUUCCGAGCUUUAUCGGCAUCCCGUUAAUCAUGAACAUCAUUUCGCGAAAGGCGUGGUACAAAUCGCGUUCCUGGAUCUCGAUUCCAAUUCAAUCGGCAUUGGCUGGCUUUUGUCUCACUUUUUCCACUCCACUCGCCUGCGCGCUUUUCCCGCAAAAGAGCAGUAUCAAGGUGUCACAUCUCGAGCAGGAACUCCGCGAGAAAAUCGCUCUCUUGCCACACCCACCCGAAUACGUCUACUACAAUAAGGGACUC